AUGUUCGUCGUCUCGUAUUAUCCGGGAGGUUUUCAGGAUUUUGAGAAUUUAGGUGCGAAAAAACCCGUUUCUCCUUUGUUUCUCGUUGAAUAAAAUAUUCUCAAGCGAUUUUACAGUUAACUCCCACUUGGUAAUGUCUGGACAGCAGUUCCAGCAACAUCCACAACAUCAGCAACAACAACCGCGUGCACCCGUCGUCUACAAUAAUAACAAUAAGAGCGGCGCGCCGAACAACAACAACAACAACAAUUCGACGACGACGACGACGGCAACCGCAGGAAUCGUGUUGAGUACGCCGAACCGCCCGGAAAUACGACGAGAACGACGCCCGACUCGGGACUAGGCACCGACGAUCAGAAGACGUCCGCGUCUGGAGGACAGCCGCGAGCGCCGCCCGGAUUUGUGAGUGCUCAGAAUUAUCGGAAGACGGAGGAAGAGGAGAAGGAAGAGUGCAGCAUAAUUUUUUUGUGUUUUUAACCAUUUUUCGUCUGAGAAUUGCAGAGAAAUGCCUAAAAAAUCGGCUAAAAUCCCGAAAAAUGUAUUUUGCAAAUAUCAGAUUUCCAAACGUAAAGCAGGUGCGGUUCUUCCGAAUGUUACCGAAAUUUCCAAAAAAAAAUUGCUGAAACCUCGCAAAAAUCGUACCCGCCAAAACAUUUCUUCCGUCUAACCAAUUUCAUCCGCUUCGUCUCAAUGGCCCAAAAAGCGCAUAAAUCUGCGGCGGCGGCGAAUCCCACAAUUAACAUGUUCAUUUUUCCAUUCUCAGAGUCGCGGAGGAGUCAAUCCAACGCAUCUUCAACAGCAGCAGCAGCCGGCCCACUAUUACCAGGGAACUCAGCCGAUGCGUCCGCAACCGCAAGGCGCCCCCGGAAUGGUCUACUACAAUGUUCCGCCGCAACAACCACAACAACAGCAACAAUAUCAGCAGCCACAGGGACCGCCGCAGGACGGAUACGAUUACGGAUACGAACAGGCCGGACCGCCCGGACGCCAAUACCACAGAGUUCGUUUUUUCCCUUGAUAAUUGUGAAAAUUCGCAAAAUUCUACAAAAAUCUAUCAAAUUUCAUGUAAAUGCAUCUAAAUUGGAGUUAUUCUGGGUGAAAUUGAUGCAUCUGAAAAGCUUGGGAGUGUCAAAGUGGGCAAUUCGUGCCCAAAACCGGUUCUUUUUCAUCUAAUUUUUCUGCAGUAUCCACAAGAAGGCGGCUACGACGACGGAUCCGGCGUCGGAGGAGCCAACAACAACUUUGUGAUCCACGGACCGAACGACGGAUUCGACGGACGGUCAUACAGUAAUCCGCCGCCGCAGGCUCAGAUGAUGGGCAACGCCUACGAGAUCGAACACUACCGUCAGGCGUCGGGACCGCAGCAGGGACAGUUUCCGGGACCGCAGGGACACGCUCAGUUCUACACGGGACCGGUGAUCCAUCAGGGACCGCCGCCGCAAGGGGGCUUUCCCGCACAAUUUCAGAGAGGACCGCCGCCCCCGCAAGCCGGUGGACCGCCCCAACAAAUGAUUCCGAUGAUGCAGGCGGGACCGCAGCAGCAACAGCAGCAACAGCACCAGGCGGCCCCGAUGAUGUACGGACAGCAGGUGGUCUACACACCGAUGUUCCUGCCGAUGCCGGCGCCGGUGGUGGUCCGGCAGGCACCGGCUCAGACCGAUAAGGGCGCCAACAAGGGGAAGCGGAACAGUCAGCAGUCGGAGCAGGAGACGGACGAGGCGGUUCCGCAGGUUCAGCCGUCGCCCCCGCAGCAACAGCAACAGCAGCAGCCGCAGGAGUUUGUGCCGAACCCCUAUUGGAGUCAUCGUCAGCAGCAGCAGCAGGCACCGAUGGGAUUCCAGGGAGGACCGCCGCCUCCGCAGACGUUCUCGCCGCAAUUGGAGCAGCAGCAGAUGCACAUGCAACAACAGCACUUGCAGGUUCGAGUUUGAACUAUUCUAACUAGGGAAUGGCCUGCACUUACCUUGGGCUUUUGGAAUGGGACCUAUAUGAUUCGAAAGAGAAUUUCACGGAGAAUCCGAAUCUGCUCUCCAUUUUUGCUAAAGAGCACUGGCUGGCGAGAAAAUCGCAUCUGAAAUUCCAGUGCUAAAUUCAUUUUUUAACAUGUAAUCUGCAGUUUGGUGCAGAGGGUGUGGGCGCCCGAGCGACUGUUGUUGUCACUCGCCCAGUUUCAGUGCUUCCGCAGCAGCUGGAUGGUCGAAUGGUUAGUGAGUUAGAGUUGUGAGUGGUAGGUAUGGGGUUCGUGUCCGCGCUAUGGAAAAGUUUUUGGCAAUCUUUUGCUCUUUUUUUUCGAACAAUUUCUGGAUAUCACUUUUGCAUUUUUUCGUCAUUAUUUUUUUAACGAGUCGUAACUACUGACCCUUCAAAGUCCCGAAAAAUGAAUCUCGUCGCUCUGACUCCAGUACUCACUUUUUUCUGCCUGUUUCUGCCUCAUUUUCUAGCAAGUUCAUCUUCGGCGAUCUGUAUCUCAAGAACCACGCGUCCGUUGCAAAAGUGGUCAACUAGUAAGUUAACGCAAAUUAUCUCGUGAAUAACUUUGUAGUUGAUCGUCUAUUUUUAAAAAAAUUAGUUUUCGAGUUAUGAACUGUUUUCCUAGAGCGACAAGAGCUGGGGUCAGAGCGACGAUAACUCGAAAACUAAUUUUUUUAAAAAUAGACGAUCAACUACAAAGUUAUUCACGAGAUAAUUUGCGUUAACUUACUAGUUGAAUACUUCUGCAACGGACGCGUGGUUCUUGAGAUACAGGUCGCCGAAGAUGAACUUGCUAGAAAAUGAGGCAGCAACAGGCAGAAAAAAGUGAGUACUGGGGUCAGAGCGACGAGAUUCAUUUUUCGGGACUUUGAAGUUAAAAAAAUAAUGACGAAAAAAUGCAAAAGUGAUAUCCAGAAAUUGUUCGAAAAAAAAGAGCAAAAGAUUGCCAAAAACUUUUCCAUAGCGCGGACACGAACCCCAUACCUACCACUCACAACUCUAACUCACUAACCAUUCGACCAUCCAGCUGCUGCGAAAGCACUGAAACUGGGCGAGUGACAACAACAGUCGCUCGGGCGCCCACACCCUCUGCACCAAAUUGCAGAUUACAUGUUAAAAAAUGAAUUUAGCACUGGAAUUUCAGAUGCGAUUUUCUCGCCAGCCAGUGCUCUUUAGCAAAAAUGGAGAGCAGAUUCGGAUUCUCCGUGAAAUUCUCUUUCGAAUCAUAUAGGUCCCAUUCCAAAAGCCCAAGGUAAGUGCAGGCCAUUCCCUAGUAAGCUUCAAACGGGCAAAACUGAGGAAUUUUCGAGCGAGCAGAUUAGACUAUUUUGACCCUAAAUAAAAUCGAAUAAGACAAAAACGAAAAAUUGGAAUCAGAAGAACCACAAUUUUCGUCUUUAUUUUUCAGCAAAUGGGACCGUACGGAAUGGCAGCCGGAGGACCACCGCCGCACGUGAUGCAGCACCCGCACAUGCCGCAACCGCCGUAUCCGGGCGCCUUCAUGCAAAUCCAUCCGACUCACCAACAGCAACAGCCACGGCGCCCGCCAGUCGAACCACUCAUGGGCGGCUUCCCGCAGCAGAUGGUCGGCGGCGGCGGACGCGGAGGAUUCGCGCCGAACGGAGGACCACUCCAUCAGCAGGCUCUGCAGCAGCAGCUCCAGGCCGGAAUCCCGCACCCGAUGGGCUACUUUGGACAACCGCCCACGCAGCAACAACAGCAGGCGGGACGCGGAAGCGGAAGGGGACGCGGAAGAGGCGGAGGCGGCGGAUGGAGAGGCGGAAAUGCGAGUCAGAGCGGAAGCCAGGCGGAGUACAGUCACUCGCGACAGAACUCGAGCCAGAGCUACGAUUCGCGGCACAGUUGGCAGGGAGGAUACGCGCGUGGAAACGGACAAUAUAUGGAUCAGCAAUAUCAUCAGCCGCAGCAGCACAACCAUCCGCACCAGCAUCCGAGCCCACCGAUGAUGGAACCGCAGCAGCAGCUGCAGCACGAGACGGAAGAAGUGACCCUCCUCGCGAAUCGCAUCGAACUCCUGCAGCCGGUGUCGACGGCGUCGAGAUCCGGAUCGCCGAACAAGCAGAUGCUCCAACUCGUCGAGGCGGCAACGAAACUCGAGAUCACCGAGACAGUCGAGGAGACGAUCAUUCUCGUCAAGAAUCCGAGCCGCUCGGUGUCGCAGUCGCCGACCGAUGGAACGGGGAAGAAAAGCAGAAAGAACCGGAAGAAGGAGCAGAUUGUGCUGGAAGAGAUCAAAGUGGACGAGGAGCCACCGCAACAGCAGCAGCAGCCGGAGAAGCAGGCCGAGAAGGAGGAGGAACACGUGGCAGAUCCGGAGCACACGGAGCAACAGCAGCAGCAGCAGCAGCAGGAGAAGCCGGGAAGCGACGAGGAGGAGAAGGAUGCGGCCUACUGCUACAGAUGCGCGUGUCACGAAAUGUCCGAGGAGGAGAUACGAUCGCACAAGUGAGCGCUUUUUUUUAAAAGGAAGAGUAGACGAAAAUUGAAGGAUUUCAGCUAUUUGCCAAAGAUUAUUGCUCUAAAGUGGCGAAUCGCUUGCAUAAUCGUACCUAAAGUUUUAGGUCCUAAACCCCGUAAAAAUUGCAGCAUCCGCAACGAGAAAGGCGAGUUGGAGUGCGAGCACAUGCGUGCGCAGACGUGUCCGUUUUGCGGAAUCACGGGCGCGAAAGGACAUCAUCCGCUGGUGUGCCCGAAGAAAAAGGAGGAGGAGAAGGCGGAGAAGUCGCGCGAAUCGUCGGCGAAUCGGGGAGAAGAGCAGCCACAGCUUCAGCAGCACGGAGAGCACGAGCACCGCGGCGACGAGCAGUACGAGGAGGAGCAUCCGCAACAUCCGAUGCACCAUCAGCGCCAGCAGCAGCAGCAGUACUACCAGCAGAAGCCACGCCACAACUCGGGAAGUGCCGGCGGAGGAGGACACCGCUUCAACAGCAACUACAACAACAGCUAUCAGCAGCAGCAGGGCGUUGGAAACGGCAGCUUCCGCGGCGGAAAAGGACGCGGAAACUAUGGAGGAACACGCGGAUAUCAGCCACGUGGAGACCAUCGCGGCGGCGGAAGAGGACAAGGAUCGUAUGAGGUAAAAAUGUUAGAAAAAAGACUAAAUUCCACGAAAAUGGCGAUUUCCUGUAAAAUUCUUCAAAAUUGCAAAUUUGUUCAUAAGAAAGCGACUAAUCCCUUGUCAGUUUUCAGAAUAG